GUGUUUGGCUUGCUCGGGCGUUGUCUUGUAUAUAAAAGCGGCUUCCUUCUUGGUUCUAGUUAUCAGUUGAAUCCAGCUCAACGUACAGCACACACUCUCGCGCCUACUAAAUAAUCCCAAUAACUCAAAAACUCCAUUUGCAAUGGCAUUCUUCAAAUCCCUGAUCUGCCUGGCCGUCCUGAGCGCCGCCUCCGCCGGAGUCCUCCACGGACAUGGUGGACAUGCUGGUCUCUACGCCGCCGCCCCGGCCAUCUAUGCCGGCCAUGGCCAUCAUGACGAGGGAAUCGACUACCAUGCCUACCCCAAGUACCACUACAACUACGGAGUGGCUGACUCGCACACCGGAGAUGUGAAGUCGCAGCACGAGGUGCGCGAUGGCGAUGUGGUGAAGGGAUCCUACUCCCUGGUGGAGCCCGAUGGUUCGGUGCGCACCGUUGAGUACACCGCCGAUGACCACAACGGCUUCAAUGCCGUGGUUCACAAGACCGGACCCACGGUGCACCAUGCCGCCCCCGCCGUGGUGGCCCAUGCCGCCCCCGCCGUGGUGGCCCAUGCCGCCCCUGCCGUUGUGGCCCAUGCUGCCCCCCAGUUGGCCUAUGCCCCGGCCAUUGCCCACCAUGUGGCCGCCGCUCCGGCUGUGCCCUACGCCGGAUCCCUGGCGCAUCAUGCCGCCGUGCCCGCCUACGGAUAUGCCACCCACAAUGCCCACGCGCAUGUGGCCCACUACUAAGUUAGCCAAGGUUGGCCAACUGCACCACUGGCAACACCACCACCAACCACCAACCACCAACCACCACCACUCUUCUGUAAUUUAUUUAAGCACGUUGACGACCUCACAAAACAAAGGAUGAUUUGAGCCUGCUACAAAUACUCAGUACCCCAGUCAUGUCCAUCGCUUAAAGGGGAUCCCCCUUGCAGCAUCUCUGUCUCCCUCUCACUCGCACACACACACACACAUUGCCGUCUCUGUCUCAGCUUUCGCGCAAUUCUCUUUUUUGUUUGUUAUCCAAACUUCUCUUUUAUUGUAAAUAUCGAAAAAAAAAACGAAAAGAAACAUGAGUGAAGGACAAACGACCAUCAUGCCACCACGCCCACGAAGAAGAACCAAGCAACCUGCAAAAAGAUGAAGAAAAACGAACAAAACAACAAAAAAAAUUAUAAAAAACACAUGUAUUAUAAUAAUUUUGUGUAUACUUUAAGUUUGAAGCUGAUACUGCUGACAAUGCUAUUAAAUACAAAAUGUAGAGAAUUACAAAAAUUCAA